AUGGCCAUCCAAAGCAAACACUUCGUGAACGAUACGACUUCUAUUGUCCUUGACGCCCUGGAAGGAUGCUGCCUCCUGAACCCGGAUCUGACGCUGGAUCGCAGCAAUAAGGUUCUUCACCUUAUGAACCCGAACCCUAACAAAGUUGCCCUGAUCUGCGGAGGAGGCAGUGGCCAUGAACCCGCACACGCAGGUUUCGUAGGGAAUGGCAUGCUGACGGCCGCCGUAUGCGGAAACAUAUUUGCGUCUCCGAAUGCGAGCCAAGUGCGUCGGGCGCUUGAUAUCGUCGACAACAAGAAAGGAACCGUGGUGAUAGUGAAGAACUACACAGGAGACGUCCUCAACUUCGGUUUGGCCAAAGAACUCGCCGCAGUUGACCGGGCGGACCGAGUUCGCUUUAUCGCUGUUGAAGACGACGUCGCCGUUGGUAGGGAGCAAGGGAAGAUAGUUGGCCGCAGAGGUCUUGCAGGGACUGUUCUCGUCUACAAGAUCGCCGGGGCGCUUGCGCACGGAGGUGCCUCUUUGGACGAAGUGAGCUCCACCGCCCAUUAUGUCGCUUCGCGACUGGUUACGAUUGGAGUCGGCUUGGAACAUACACACAUUCCUGGCACCGCAGUCGCGACAUCUCAUCUGCAGGCGAAUGAGAUUGAGAUAGGGAUGGGCAUUCAUAACGAAACUGGAGCGAAGAGGCUUUCCCCCGCCCCUCCCCUGAACGAACUCAUAGUUCAGCUACUGGACAUGUUGGUCGGCGCGGACCCCGAUCGUGCUUUUGUCAAGUUCAAAUCAGCGAUUGGCCCUGUCUCCGGUGACGACGCCGACGAGGUCGUGCUCUUGCUGAAUAACCUUGGCGGUCUCAGCGAACUCGAGCUGGGCGUUAUCCUUGCCGAAACUCGCAAGGCCAUCGACCAUCGGGGAAUCAAGAUCAAGCGGGUUCUCUCAGGCACCUUCAUGACAAGCCUGAACAUGCCCGGAUUCUCUAUCACGCUUCUUCUGCUCCCAUCGUCUGCGCAUGCGGAGAAGGAUACACCGUCCCAGGAUCUGAUCCUCUCACUUCUGGACCAGACACCGGAAGUGCCUGGAUGGAAAUGGUCGUCCGGUCGGGUUCCGGACCUUGCAAAGUCCUCACAGCUCUCCACAGAACAGAGCGAAGUAUCCCCCAGAAAGACCCAUGUUGCUCGUCCCGCCCCUGAUCCAAGGGGUUUCGUCACCACGCUGGAGAAAAUUUGCCAUGCCCUCAUAGCAGCCGAGCCCGAGAUCACUCGUAUGGACACCAUUGCGGGCGACGGGGACUGUGGAACCACACUCAAAACAGGCGCUAGCGCUGUGCUCGACGCUAUCCGACGAGGCGUGAUUACAGGAGAGGAUGUCGUGGGCAGCGCUGUUGCUUUGGCUCAAGUAGCUGAUGAACACAUGGGCGGUACAAGCGGCGCCCUUUACUCUAUUUUCUUCUCCGGAGUCGCGCAAGGUCUUCAAGCUGCCACUGACGUUUCUCCUGUGACUCCUUCAGGAUGGGCUCAAGCCCUCUCUACAGCGCUCGACAAGCUAUAUACCUACACGCGUGCGCGCCGUCCGUCUCGCACGCUUGUCGAUCCGUUGUCCGCUUUCGUUGAGACCUUCGCGGAAUCUCAAGGCGCGGAUUUGGGCAGCGCUGUUGCUUCUGCAGGCAAAGCCGCUCAGGAAACAGCAAACCUGUCCGCGAAAGCCGGACGAAGCGCGUAUGUGGAAGGGGAUAGGCUCAAGGAGGAGAAGAUACCGGAUCCUGGUGCAUGGGGCGUGAAGGUGAUCCUGGAGGCGUUGAUUUGACGCUCCCAACAUUGUAUAAUAAGCAUCAAGUCUACGGAGGUGGGCCAACAAACAAGCAGCUUGUGGUAUCUGCAUUUG